GCAGGGGCCCCCAACAUGGCGCCCGGCGGGCAGGGCGGUGUCGGCGCCGGGCGGGCGGUGCGGAGGAUCGGCCGCCUCCGGGGGCGGGGUUUCUCUCGCCGUGGCUUAAGCGGGCGCGGGGCGGCGGGGAGUCGUGCCAUCAUGCCUUCCCCGGCGCUGUGGGCGCUGGCGCUGCUGACGCCCGCCGUAGCGGCGGUGACGGAGCUGGGGGGCUGCGGGCCGUGCGAUGCGGCGCGGUGCCCGGCGCUGCCGCCGCGGGGCUGCCCGCUGGGCCGGGUGCGGGACGCCUGCGGGUGCUGCUGGCAGUGCGGGCGCGGCGAGGGCGAGGCGUGCGGCGGCGCCGGCGUUGGCGGUGGGCGCUGCGCCGCCGGGCUGGAGUGCGUGAAGAGCCGCAAGCGCCGCAAGGCGAAGGGCGGCCCGGGCCCCGCCGCCGCCUCCGGCCCCGCCGCCCCGGUCGGCGUGUGCGUGUGCAAGAGCCGCUACCCGGUGUGCGGCAGCGACGGGCUCACCUACGGCAGCGGCUGCCAGCUCCGCGCUGCCAGCCUGCGCGCUCAGAGCCGCGGCGAGCCUGCCAUCAGCCAGCGCAGCAAAGGAGCCUGCGAGCAAGGACCCUCCAUCGUGACCCCUCCUAAGGACAUCUGGAAUGUGACAGGAGCACAGAUCUACCUGAGCUGUGAAGUCAUUGGCAUCCCAACCCCUGUCCUCAUCUGGAACAAGAUCAUUCAAGGACAGUAUGGUAUCCAGAGAAUGGAGCUUCUGCCUGGCGACCGAGAAAAUCUGGCUAUUCAGACCCGAGGGGGCCCUGAGAAACACGAAGUGACGGGCUGGGUACUGAUAUCUCCUCUGAGCAAAGAAGAUGCUGGAGAAUACGAGUGUCACGCAUCAAAUGCCAAAGGAGAGGCAACAGCUUCUGCAAAAAUUCAUGUUGUGGAAACUCUGCAUGAAAUAGCCCUGACCAAGGAUGAUGGUGCAGAGCUGUGAUGGGAGGACUUUCACUUAUGCACAGUUUUAAGUGUCAAGUAACAAAAAAGCUGUCAGUUUCAUCAGUGAGGCACAAGCAUGGAGAGGAUAUGCUCUGCUAAAGCUGGAUCAGCAGCAACAGAGGGAAGAAAGAAACAGGAUAAGCCUAUCCUUAUUAUAAAAUACAUCUACACAGCUGUGAACAACCCAGAGGAGACUGCAAAGGAAAAAAUACCUUCCUCCCACACAUGAUCAUACUUUUGAGUGCAUGAUGCUCUGCAAUGUUUAAAAAAAAAAAAAAAAACACCACACAUGUCUAGGAGAAGAAAAGGUGGUUCACAAA